UACAUCAUAUUUUAUUAAUGGUACCCGCUAACUACCUACCUACCUACCUAAAAACAACUUACGAGUAUUUAGUUAAUCUUCUAGGAAAUGUAGAGAAUAUAAAUAUGAAUAGAAACAGGUUAUUUUGUUUUGUCGAAGAACUGAUCUGGUCUUGCGAGUGAAUGAAACAUAAUUUAGUAAAAUUCAACGAAUCUCAAUAACCAUUAUUGUUAUUUAUGCAGUGAUAUUUUGUGCAGAUACAGAUACCAACAAUAUUCCAAAUUUCACAAGAUGUGGAAAAUCUUGAUAUCAUUCGCCUUACUAGUGCAAUUAUUCACUUCCACCUUCUCACAGAAUGCUAAUAGUUUGACAAAACGACAACUAGAGGUUCAAAAUACGACUAUCGAAGAAAUACUCAAUGACAGUCGAGUUUAUUGGAACAAAACCAUGCCAGAUAAAAACCUUCAAUUAAUUCCUUUGGCAUUGUUUACUUCUAGAAAUGUAAUGGAAAUCAGAUCUCAUUACGAAGGAGCGGCUGCGCUUUAUUUUCCAAAAAAUAGAUUACUCGAAAUAGGUUACUCCUUCGCAAACCUAAUAGAUACUUUGCAAGAUUCACCCAACGUCAACUUGAAAUUCAAGAAUGCCAUAUUUUACGACGAAAAAAGCACAAAUAAGCAAUACUUAAACGAUGUAAAAACACGUUUUCACGCUGAAGCUUAUGAGAUGUCUUUUGCCUCAAACAACAGCGAGUCGAUUGUAGCACAAUUCAACGAAUGGUUUAGUAGCAUUACGAAAAAACCACAACCCAAACUAGAAAGUCCUCUGAUGUCUGGAAUGAAUAGUUUUCAUACCACUGUGUUCACCUUCUCUGGAUGCUGGAAUAAGCCCAAGAUUUCUGACGAUAUCAAAAAAACACUAAAAUUCAAAACACCGACAAAAGAAAUCGACAUCAAGGUGCUCCAAGCCAAAGAAAAGAUCGGCUACUAUAACAACCCCGAGCUAAAAUACGAAUCCAUCAGAUUACCAUUCAAUAACCAAGACUUCGCUGUGACUAUCGUGCUGCCCUACCUCAACCAUUCCUUAGAUAUGGACUUAUUCCGAACAUUUAAAGGUCCAGAUUAUCUAGAACUACUCGAACGAGUAAAUAAAAAUAACGAAAACAUCGAGUACUCUGUGCCCUUAAUGAAUUCAGCCAUGAUUACGUUGAAUGGAAACGGCACCAGCAUAAAUAAAGAUGACCCGAUUAUUUGUGACCAAUCUUCGUCGAUUCGACCAGCUGAUCGAGAAACUUCGUACAAGCCGUUCAUCGUCGAUAGACCAUUCGGUGUGAUUUUAUAUCAGGAAAAAACGAAAUUUGUUUUAUCUCAUGUUUGGGUGAGAAAUCCUACCUCGGGUGUGAGUUCUUUUCACCGGUAUUCGGGUAAAAUUGCGUAUAUUGAGAAUAAUAAGCCUAAGUAUCCUCUUAUUCCUACUUACGUAGUUUAUUACUGAUAAGAUGUGAUGUGUUUCGAGUGUCUGAUGAGUAAAAUAUACAACCGAUAUAAUGUUAA